AUGACAGCCCUAGACGAUAUCUAUGAUGUUUAUGGCACACUGGAGGAGCUCCAACUAUUCACAGAUGCUAUUCGAAGAUGGGGUGAUUUGGUUGAGGCAUAUUUGAUAGAGGCUACUUGGUACCACAAGGGGUAUAAACCUAGCUUGGAAGAAUACAUCAACAAUGCUUGGAUAUCACUUGGUGGUCUCCCCAUCCUAUCCCACCUUUUCUUCCCGCUAACGGAUUCGAUAGAAGAGGAGGCUGUUAAGAGCAUGCAUAAAUACCAUGAUAUUGUUCAUCUACUAUGUACUAUUGGAAGGCUCGUUGACGACAUGGGAACAUCACUGGAUGAGGUGAAGAGAGGCGACGUGCCAAAAGGUUACAUGAAUGAGAACAAUGCUUCGGAACAAGAGGCAAGAAAGCAUAUUCGAUCACUCAUAGAGCAGACAUGGAAGAUGAUGAAUAAGGAAAUGAUGGAUUCUCCAUUUUCAAUAUAUUUUGUAGAAGUUUGUGCUAAUGUUACUAGAAUGACACAACUUAUAUACCAGAAGGAAUCGGAUGGAUUCGGAAUGCAACACUCAUUGGUUAACAAGAAUAUCAGAAGCUUGCUGUUCGAACCCUAUGAAUAGAAGAAGAAGGAGAUCAUGAAGAAAGAAAAUAUAUGAUAUAUUUUAAUUAAAAUAACAAUAAUCUUGUUGUGUUGUAAGUUCAUAAAUAUAUUCUGUUUGUACUACACCAUGGUCAAUGGAUAUAAAAGUUAU